GUGUGGGGGGGGUGGGGGGGGGGUGGGGUGGACAAUUUCACUUGCAAUAUAGCUGAGGGUCACCAUAUACCGGGGCAGACUGACAAUUCAUGGGGCCCUCCGGGCAAUAGGGGAUCAUGGGGCCCCUGUGUGCUUGCCCAAACUCAAAAAAGCCUAUGAAAAAGUUACCAUGGGCAUCUCAUGGGGCACCUACUGACCCCGGGCCCUCGGGCAGUGCCAGAGUUUCCAAAUGAUCAGUCCACCCCUGUCAUAUACAUUACAAUCAACUUUGGAUUU